AUGGCACUCGUCAAGCAGGGAACGGCCAAGGGCCGUAAGGUCAAGUUGGCCGAUGAUACCCCAGAAGGCAUAAGCCUAGAGCCGGAAUCAAUGGAGGAGAGCAUCAGGGUGUGCACGCGUAUGCGGCCCCUGUUUCCCAAAGAGGUGGAGAGUGGCCACUUGAAGGCGUGGAAAGUGGAGCAGAAGUCGAUGCAUUUGAUAGUUGAGCCUCCAACGCAAGCAGAGAUUGAAGAGAGUCGCCAGGGAAAGACGCCCUCUUCCAAAAAAGUGGUUGAAAAGACGCAGGCCCAAAAGGACCAGGUGCAACGGCACUACGCCUUUGACAGGUGCUUCGACGACGAAGCGGAGAAUGAUGAGGUGUUUGCCUAUGUCGCACGAGACAUUGUCUUGGACGCCUUUAAGGGGAUCAAUGGAUGCGUCUUUGCCUAUGGCUCCGGGAAAACCCAUUCAAUUAUGGGCGUCGCAGAAGAUCCUGGCAUUCUGCCACGAUCGCUUGCCGAAUUUUUUGACUGCAUGUCGGACUCGUCGUUGCUACGGGAGGAAAUGGAGGAUGCUGCCGCUGAGAAGGAAGAAGAGACGGGGGAAACUCAACUCGCUACAACGGAGCCCCGGACAGAGGGCCUGGAAGACGGCGAAAAUCGAGAAUAUCUCAUGAGAGUUUCGUACGUUGAAAUAUACUUGGAGCGCGUUAACGACUUGCUGCAAGAAGGCCCCCGAGGAGGGGCUGUGGAGAACCUUGACGUCAAGGAAGACCCGAAAAAGGGAUUUGUUGUUGUGGGGUUGCAUGAGGAAGCUGUUGCCUCUAUGGAAGAAGUGAUGAACCUUUUGUCCAAAGCUGAACAGCGGCGCCAUUUCGCGAGGACGAACUUCAAUGAGACUUCUUCAAGGUCCCACGUAGUUUUUUCGAUUACGUUGGAGUCCACAAGCACUUUCGAGGACGGCACAAACGUCAGCCGACGCGGAGAACUGAAGAUAGUCGAUCUGGCAGGCAAUGAAAAGGCAGGCAGGGCCUCCGAAGGUGUGGAGAAUGCCAAGCUUGUUCUCGAGGAGGGAAAGGCAAUCAACAAGUCUCUCUUUCUUCUCUCGGAGGUAAUAUCCAAACUGUCAAAGCAAGCACAGCAGACAGACGAGAAGGGAAAAAAGAGGGGGGAAAAGGAAGUGUACAUCCCUUGGCGAGACUCGAAGCUUACUCGUCUUCUCCAGAAAGCUCUUGGAGGCAACAGCCGCGCCGCAGUGCUGGUGGCUGUCCACCCUUCAAGCCUAUACUUGGACACGUCUUUUUCAACUCUACGCUUCGCAAUGAAGUGCAAGGAAAUCAAGAAGAAAGUCUGCGCCAACUUCUUCUCCCCAGAGCAGUCUCUCAUUGCACAACAGAAGAAGCUAAUUGCAAUGCUCCAUGCGCAGCUGAAGGAACUUUCGGAAGGCGGAAUAACUCCUGGCGUAAAUUCACAGAGGAAUGCAGAAAACGAUGAACAAAUCCGAAUUCUAAAGAGCGACUUGGAGAACAAAGUGGCAAAGUUCCAGCAGUUCAUCAUAAAAGCAACAGCGGCUCCAGCGCAAGCACCUUCUGGAGGGGGGCUGCAAAGGGCACGUACCAUGCGGCAGCCGUCUACAUUUCGAAGGAUGGAUACCCUGGCGGCUGCGCGCUAUGGAUUGCGGGACAUCGAUGGAUUGAACCAAGCUGACUCAGAAGACCCUGCUGUGAGGGCAUCAAUGACUCACGCAUUGAGCUUGUUGGAUCGUUUUGGCCAGGAUGUCAAGAGCGAUGCAUAUGGAAGUUUCCAAUCGAUGUCAAGUGGAGAAGCCUCUGGUGGAGCGGUUCUGAGGUUUGAGACCCUUGAGCAUUCGAUUGAGGGGGCAAUACAAGAGCUAGAAUGUAUAGAUGACAAUCCCCCUUCUGCAGGUGAAGAGUCUCUGACUUGUGAAGAUUCGUCUGCGAGUGACAUAUCUGAUCAUGAAGCACCCCUAGAAGCUCACAUGGAGGACGGCGACUUACGGGAGGAGCAUCAAGAUGCAGGGAGUAAUGAUCGCAAGCUGAAACAGCCCAAAGGCGCAGCCGCAUCUCCAAAAACAAAGGUCACGCGGGGCAAAGGGGAGAAAAAGCAGAAAUCGAAGACUGUAAAGAUUUCUAAAAGGGCAAAGCCAUCCCCUCCUGCCAAGGAACCCAGUGACGUAUCCAACGAUCAGCCUCAAGUCACGCUUACGCCAGAAGAACCUGUGGAGCAGGAGCGCGAUACAAGUGAAUCGCGGAAAAUCAAGGCCUUAGUCCUUAAGCAAAAGGCAGAGAGGGAGAACUGGGCUGCGAGGCUCAGGAAGGCAAAAGAAAUGGGCCUAGAAGUUAUAUCAAAGGUUCUUUUCCGCAUGCAAGACGAAAAGGAAGCACUUGUCAAAUCGAAGAAGCGCACCGCAGAAUUGAUGAGCCAGAUUCGUCACAUAUGUGCAUUAAUGCAUCGGUUAGGGCUUUCAGUGCUCAGUACUGCUUCCGCCCCAGGAAAAGGACAGAACAAUGAGUUGCCUGCUCGAGAUCAAGACAGCGAGUCGCUCAAGAGCUUCCUUGAUCGUGUUAAGGAGAUGCGGGAUGCGGAGCCAUUAAAGCUUUCUCAAGGCAUUGGAGACCCCGUGGGACAGGCGGCGAAGGCACAAGGCUUCCCUGACAUUGACCAAAUCCGCCCUUUGGCAUGCGCUGCAAUUAAUAAUGCCUUGUCACGAGUCAUGCUUGCCGAAGUAUUAGAAAAUACCAGAGAGAGCGGGGAAAUUCAACAAACGGGGGGCGAGCAGCCGCCUCUUAUGGCUUUAGCUGCUUCUGUUGUAUCUUCAGGGACAUCUGCUCCAAAUGAUGAAGCAACCACCCCAAAGGUACCCGAAAACGAAGAGGAGGCGGUCAGUGCUCUGGAACUGAUUUUUACUAAGGUUGCUCCCACUGAGAGUAGCAUGGCAACAGUUGACGCAGAAACAGCUGAGAUGGUGGAGGGGAAAAAAGAGCAAACACUUGAAUCCAUCCUGCAAAUUCUUCCUCCUUGGGAGCAGCAUAUGCUUGCACUCCUGUACGAGCAGCAAGAAAUGAGGAGGGCUCUAGGCCAACUUAGAGACCACUUCGUCCAGCGCCUCAAGGAAAUCCAAAUAUCGGUCAAGAAGGGGCUGCUAGAAAAGCUUGAGCUCACCGAGCACUGCGACAGAAUGUUGGCUGCCCUAUGGAGCUUUAAGGCAGAGCUCACUGACUCGAAGUCACCGAACCGCGUCGACGAAGACACGAAUGCAAAGUUCGCAAAGCUGAUGGCCAAACUUGAGGAACUGUCGAUCCGCCUUGCUGAAAGGGACAUAGACUACAAGUUGCUCUCUGAGGAUUACUUGGCCAUCAAGCAAGAGAACGCAACACUGCAAGAGACCACACGGAGGCUUAAGGAGGAGAACAAUAGCCUACUUAUGAUACCAAAGACAAUGACAAAUUGGGAAGAGCUUAAGGGCUACGAUGAUGUGGAGAAGAAGGCUUUGGCAAGAGACGUUCAGAUGCUGCAGGGCUAUGCGUCCCAUUUGCGCAUGAAGCUGGAAGAAGGCCGUGCUGUUGAGCUUGAUGUGAGGCGGCUGAACCAGGCACUCUACGUGGAGUUACUUGCUGCAAACACAGCCAUCGCGGAUUUGCAGGAUCAGGUCAAGUUCUAUACAAGCGUAGACAGACGGGAAGCGACGCUCCUAGAGGAGCAACUAGCUGCGGCGAAUCAAGCAGAGGCGGAGAAAAGCGAUAAAAUAAGGGACCUGGAGGAGGAAGUUGCUAGCCUAAAAGCCCAGCUUGCAGCAGCGCUUUCUAAACCAGAACCUGAGGAACCCGAAGUUGAAUCGCCGGCUGAACCCAUUGAGGGGCCGGCUGAAACCGAACAGCAGCCACCUACCCGCCGUUCCGUGAAGAAGAGCUCGCUCACAACAAACGCCAAGGCAAAGCCAAAAGCUACUUCUAGAGCUCCUACCAUGGCCUUGUCUCAUGCUGCUGCCGUUUCACCGGCAAAACAAAAGCCCUUAGCAAAGCGCAGCACUGCGGCUACAGCUUCUGUAGAUAGGGGGUCUAUAAAGCGUGUGACACGUGCCCCAUCAAGAGCAAGUAUCUCGAAGUCAGAAAAGCCUACUUCUGCUAAGGGUGGGGAGGGCUCCAGACUCGUCAGGGUUGUUGAACCAGAAGGCCAUUCCAGCCCAUCACCUAGUCCGAAGGCUACUUCCUCUUUAAAGCCCCCAGCGUCUCCUAAAAAGAGAGUUUCAAUCAGUCUUCCAGAGGACGACCCCCCCGCCUCAUCAGAUGGUAAUAGGCCAUCCGCUGAAGCACAGAUGAAUGUAACAGGACGGGCUCCAGCCUUCACAGGUGACCCGCGCAACAAGGGACUAGCCAACAUGGUGGCUGCUUUAAGUGGGCGAAGGCGAAAGGGUGGCGGUGUUUAG